AUGGCAACCAAGCAUGAUCCCAGCGAAAGUGCCAGGGCUGAGCUGGCUGUUGCCUUGGCGAGCCGACGGCGCACAGCCCGGAGUGCCUUCGCCGUUGCAGGGGAGGCAGCACGCAGAGGCGAGGCUCUUGGGCAGCGCCUUUGUGUGGCUCUGGCACGAGCUUGUGCAGAAGAAGGGCGCGCGGAUGAGGCCAAGUUGCUCAGAAGGAGAAUGAUGGCGGCUGGGAUUGUUCCUGAUGCAGGCAUACGGGCAGACCUCGUUCGCGCCUUUGGCGCAGCGGCAGCCACCGCACGAGGUGGCGAGCGAACCAGGCUUCUGUCGCAUGCAUGGCGGGAGGUGCAGGAGGCCAAGGCGCAGGUUCCACAGUCUCUUCCGGCCGAGUUGCUGCAUGCUCUGCUGGCAGCAUACUGCUCUGCCGACUUGGCUGGCCAUGCAAAGGAAGUCCUGAUGAUGAGCCCCUCACAUUUUGGGGUGGAGCCGGAUGAGGUCGCCUAUGCGAUCGUCCUUUCGGCUUUGGAGGCCACCUCGCCAACAGAGUUUCGGCAGCUCUGGUUCCACAUGCGGAACAUGUCGGAACGUCCUGGCGAGGUGCUGCUUCAGUCAGCACUUCGAGUAGCUGUGAAGCUUCAGGAUAUGGCUUUUGCGCAAUCCGUGUUGGAGCUUCUUUUCCAGGCCAAGGUGGCCCCGGAUGCUGCCGUAAUGUCAGCCCUCGGUGCUUCGACAGGUCCGGAAGCUGCUGCUCUGCGCCGCCUCCUUGCCGCGUUCGGAAAGGUAGCGCGCCCGGCCCUGACCAUUUCGAGACAACGUGCUGAUAACGCCGUCCCUCGAAAGAUUGCCGCAAUUGGCUUUCGGAUCUGCCCAUCCUGGUACCGGCCUGGCUCAACCAGUGACAAGGUGCCGGUAGUCGCCCUUACCGGGCUGUCUGCAAUCCACUAUUUGGCUCUGUUUGCCGGGGAAGUUGUGGAGAUCUCUACGUGCUUUCUCCAUCAGCUGCGGCUCUUUGGUGUGCCAGAUGUGAUGCCAAGGCGGAAGACGGCAGAGCGUGCUGUCAAUGUCAGUAGUUUCGUACAAGAGGAGCCCGGUCUCGUGGCUUUGCUGCAAGGGAGUCUGCGAAAACAUCUUAAAGAUGAAGCCCAGAAACAGAAGUGGAAGGAGAUGAUGGAACAGGCAGGACUCUCCUCAAGAUCUGCUUCGUCACACGAGGCCCCGGAGGAAGGCGAAGGCGAAGAGGAGACGACCAAGUCACGCCUUCAACGUAGUGGAACUGGUUGGGCCAGCAUACCCAGGAGGGAGCGGCAGGAACAAGCACGCCUGAGAGCCCUGAGUGGCCAUCGAUGCCUUCAGUCAAGACUGCUGGCUGCCAACGUUCUCGAGUCGGAGGCGUUUGAUUUCGUGAUGAUUAUCAUCAUCCUGGCGAAUGCAGUCACCAUUGGUGUGGAGCAGUGGAUACGUGUGGAGGGUGGCAACACCAAGGACGGCCCCCUGAAUAUCCUGGAACACAUCUUUCUCGUAAUCUACACUCUUGAAAUAUUCCUGCGAUUCUUUGUGAAUGGGCCACUCAAAGCCAUCAGAGACCAUUGGGUCAAAUUUGACACCGUUUUGGUCAUAUUGGGCUGGCUCGUGCUCUGGAUUUUGCCUGCGGCGAUACCCAUGUCGGAGGAAACGGGCGAGUACUCCGGUUUUUUAACACUGCGGACGCUUCGAUUGCUGCGAUUGGCGCGAACAGCCCGUAUCAUCACCAGGAUGCAUGAACUUUGGAUGCUAGUUCAGAUGGUUACCUCCUGUGCGAGCACCAUGAUUUACACGCUGUUGUUGCUAGUGACUGUGCUGUACCUGUUUUCCUUGCUCUUCGUUGAGGUGAUCACCAACCAUCCCUUAGCGAAAAGCGAAGGGGUCGAUCCUCUAGAGUCUGCAUUCUUUCUGGUGGCCAAUGAACACUUUGCCAACCUAUGGGUGACGAUGAUGACGCUUGUUCAGUUUGUAACGCUGGAUUCCAUGGCCAACGUCUACAAGCCUCUUGUCAAGGGGGACCCGGGCUUGGCUCUCUACUUCGGAGGCUUGGUGUUGGUGAUCUCCAUCGUACUGAUGAAUCUUAUCACUGCGGUUAUUGUCAACAGCGCGCUCGAGCAGGCCUCCAGCAACAAGGAGAUUCAGCGAAUUCAGGAGAACAAGCGAAGAAAGAAGACGAUCGAUGAGCUGCAUUCAAUGUUCUCACGUCUUGACCACGAUGGCAGCGGCACCAUCACCCUGGCAGAGAUCAUGGAGGCAACAGAAGAGGAUCAGAUGCUUUUAAAGAAGUUUUUGACGCUGGAGAGCCCGUUGGAAAUAUUCCGCAUGCUGGAUAUUGACAACUCCGGGCAGCUGAACAUAGAGGAGUUCUGUGAGGGCGUCAUCCAGCACGUCACUUCAGACCGGUCCGUUGAGUUCAAGCGCAUCGACAAGAACUUCAAGCAAUUGAGGAAAGAAGUCAGGGCGCUGCAGUUGUCGGUGGACAAGCUGACUGGAAUGUUCAUGCAAACCAUGGGCGUUGGGUCAACAUCCAGCAUGGCACUGUGCAAUGUUUCCUCGGACGUCAAGGAUGCUAGAACCAAGCGCAGAGGGAUCUGCUUCGAAGAAGAUACGAAGCCUAGGGAACCGGUGAUGGAACCGGAGCCUCGAGGAGCAGCGGAGUCGCAGACGCCUCCAGUGUGGGCUGCGGACCUCUUCAAAUCUCUCCGGGAAGAGUUCGCGCAGGAGUUUUGGCAGGUGCGCAGCGACCUCGCACGGGGCAUCGCUGUGACGGCACAGCAGGCAGCACAAGCAGCUGCAGACCGACCAGCCGACAUGUCCGAUUUGCAUCAGGAAGUUGCGGAUGCCAUGAAGCUGGCCUGGGCCUCCGACCGAUUCCUUCGCGAGCGGCCGCCUGACAAAGCCACUUUGGGCAGUCUCCGGCAUGGCCGGGACUCGCCCGGGAAUGUGCUCAGGAUGCAACCUGCUGAGAAGACUGCUGCCAUGAUUCGCGCAGCGCCUGCCAUGCCACCAGCACCACCGCAGAUGGACACCGACUCACCGCGGCUCGAAGUCUUUCCAUGGAAGGAUUGA